UUGUCAUCCAUGACGUCUCCAACUGGGACACCACAAGAAGACUCGGAAGCUGGCACUUUACAACUAGCCUCAAUAGCAGCUAAUGACAGAGAUGAGGAAGUUCGCAUGGUGUUGUGAUGUUGGACAGCGAUCAUCUGUGAUCUUUGAGCCUAAGGUUUGGUGCUUUUAUGGCGCAUUUUAGAGGACGUAAUCCUUGACAACAUUAUAUAAAGUGAGAUAGAACACUUCAACUCGCACCGUUUCUUUGAUAGCAUGAUUAAUAUUUAACUUUUUAGAUAUGUGAUUCGCCACUCCUUUGGGAGUCAACCUGUAUGGAAAAACUCAAAACAUUUUUUUAUUUUUUCAAAAGUAUUUGUUGGUUUAUUUGCUGCAAAAUCUAGUUAAGUAAUUUUACAAGCUGAGAUUAAUUUGGCUGUUUUGGUUCCUUUUGGCUGCCAUUAUUUCCCUGUAGCAUAUGGGAAAAAAAAAGAAGAACAAGCAUAAACAGUGUAGGUGUUCUUCCUUAUUGCCCUGCCGGUGUGUAGGUCAGUUCACUCAUGUGUGUCUCCUUUGGUCUAUUCACUCCUGCUCUGAUUCGUGCAACAUGUGGGAUCCAGAGCAAAGGAAAAAAUAUUCCAACUCCAAUUAUAUUAUGCAGGAGACGUCACAGUAUCAUGUUGAGCAUCUGUCCACCUUCAUCAUGGACAAGACUGAGUCCAUCGCCACUGUGGACGACGCCAUCAAAAAACUUGCCCUUCUCGAUUCAAAAGACAAGAUUUGGACUCAGGAAAUGCUCCUGCAAGUCACUGAUAAGGCAGUCAGGCUGCUGGACUGUGACACCCAGGAGGAGCUGGAGAACUUCCCCCUACCCACAAUCCAUCUGUCUCAGGCCGUGCUAAAUCAGACGCGUUACCCGUCCGUGCUGCUGCUUGUGUGUCAGGACAAUGAGCAGCACCGGCCGGACAUCCACUUCUUUCACUGUGACGAGGUGGAGGCUGAAUUGGUUCAUGCAGAUAUAGACAGUGCCCUCGGAGAUAACAAAUAUGGAAAGAAAUCGAGGCUUCAGACACUCAAAAUUAACCAGGAGAAAAUGAAGCACCGAAGAGAGACCAUCCUUCCCCAGUCGCCCCCCAAGGCCGCCCCUGUUCCAAAGGGACGCGUUGCUGCCCCAAUCCCGCAAGACAGGCGAUCCUCUGGACACGGUGAUCCAGAGUCACAUGAAAAGUUAGCCCAGCGUAUUGAGAAGGAUGUGCAAAUCCUCAACUGUGCCCUGGACGAUAUUGAGAUAUUUGUGGCGCGGGUGCAAAAGGCAGCCGAGGCCUUUUCCCAACUCAACCAGCGCAACAAGAGUAAGAAGAAUAAGAAGAAAGGACCAGCAGAGGGCAUGCUGACCCUACGAGCCAAGCCCCCCUCUGAGGAAGAGUUCAUUGAUAGCUUGCAGAAACUAAAGCUUGCCUUCAACCUCUUGGCCAAACUGAAGAAGCACAUCCAAAAUCCAAGCGCGUCAGAGUUGGUUCAUUUCCUCUUUGGCCCUUUGGAGCUGGUGCUGCAGAGUUGUGGCAGUCCUGAGCUGGUCCGUUCUAUUGUCUCCCCCCACCUCUCCAAAGACGCUGUGGACUUCCUGCGGGGGCACCUGACCCCGAAAGAGACCAGCAUAUUUGAUCUUCUUGGAGAGGCUUGGACCAAACCCAGAGCGGAGUGGCCGAGGGAUCAGUGUGCUCCUCCUUAUUAUCCCAAAUUCCGGAAUGGCUGGGAGCCUCCAGCGGAGCUCUUCAGGACGGCCCCAUGGGAAACAGAGUGUCCCGGUGGGCCUCUGGGGUCCCCCAUUAGCCCCGAUUACAGGAAACACUCAACUGCUGAUGAAUUCUAUGGAACCCUUUCCUCCAACUCAUCCAAUGGGUCCUACAACGGGAUGCCCCCCGCACGCAAAUACGCCAAAAUCCGCUACCACUUUGUAGCGCGGAAUGCCAACGAGCUGUCAGUGCUGACGGAUGAAAUUCUUGAGGUGAUCGAGGACGACAAGCAGUGGUGGAAACUAAGGAAUCGUAGCGGCCAAGCCGGUUACGUCCCUUACAACAUCCUGGAUGUUGUCAAGCUAGAUGACCCUGACGGUUUUUACAGCCAGCAAGGCUAUGGUGCGUCCUCUCCAGGCUCCCUAAGCCCAGGAGACAGUUUCAGCAAAGGUCGACACAAAGACAAAAUGAUGGAUGAAGUCAACAAUGAGCUACUGAUGAUGAUCACUGCUAACAAAAGCCAGCCACCCGCCAGAAAGUUCCGCGUUGAGCGACCGGCUGCCACCCAAGUGCCACUCACGUACAACUCCAACCCGGAGCAAGUCAAGUCAUGGCUUACUGCCAAGGGCUUCUCCAAGGCGACGGUAGAUUGUUUGGGCAUCCUGACUGGAGCGCAGUUGUUUUCUCUCAACAAACAAGAGCUGAAGGCCGUGUGUGGAGACGAAGGUGCUCGCGUGUCAUCGCAGAUUACUGUGCAGAAGACACUAAUAGAGAAAUCGUAUGGAGACAGCGAGCUUCAGGAGGUCAUGAAGCGCAGACAGGAGCGAAUCGACUCGGGAAGCACAGACUAAAGCGCCGCGCCUCCACCCCUCCUCUAAUUUCACAAUUCAUGCUGUCCUGCAGAACCCGCGAAAAGACCCGAUGCAUGCAUUGUACACAAUUUUACUGUAUAUUUAUUUUCUUCCCUUUUAUAUGUGCGCAAACUAAUUUGCAUCUCUGAUGUCUCAAGCUUUGUGUGGCUCAGCAAAUAUGAACAGAGGAUGUACAACAUCUUGUGCGAGUGACAUGUACACAGUACAUGCUUGUCAAGUCAAUGUGGCGCAUGCCGAUGCUUAACGGCAAUGUCGAUAUUUCAUCAGUUCAGUCAAAACUAAAAUUUGUUGCGUAAUUUGUGCCUGCAAGUUUUGACAUUUUUCUCAUGCUGUAUGUAUAGCCAAUGAUUUGCAUAUUGCCGUUUACAGUAGGAAGCAGGAGAUACAAAUAGCAUCACCCUGCCGGUAAACUUAUGUUCAUAUUCUACAUUUCGCUCACCAUGAUUCUGCAUGAGUCUGUAAAUUAUGGUUAAAUGCUGUCAUUUUUUUGGGGUGUUGCUUUUCUGCACAGGUGUUAUUUUCAUCUGUUCUGCUUCAGUAAGUAAAUGAAGAUCGACACACAAUCAAAAGGACUGUAAAUAGGAUGGAAAACAAGUGCAAAAGAAGCCGAUUAAAAGUUAGUGAAUUGUUUGAUGUA